GAAUCAAGACUUAACUAAUUACGUUGGUAUAUGGAGAAAGUCUUAACUCAAAACUCAAGAACUUCAACACACAAAUAUACGUUGUUGAUAUAUUGAAAUAAAAAGAAAGACAUGGGUUAUAAGAAAGACGGUCUUAUAAAAGAUCUAUGGCCAAAUAUUCGAUUAAUACAAAUGUCGGGCCUAUUCAUAUCCGAGUACUAUGAUGAUUAUUCUGGAUUGGCCGUGCUGUUCAGAAAGAUUUACAGCUGGAUUACCACAAUAAUAAUUUAUUCACAGUUCUUAUUUAUCGUGAUUUUUAUGGUCACUAAAUCCAACGAUUCGGAUCAGUUAGCUGCUGGCGUGGUAACUACAUUGUUUUUCACCCAUUCAAUGAUCAAAUUUAUGUAUUUCAGCACGGGUACCAAGUCGUUUUACAGAACACUAAGUUUUUGGAACAACACCUCUCCUCAUCCUUUAUUUACAGAAUCUCAUUCAAGAUUUCACGCAAAGUCGUUAUCUCGAAUGCGACAACUGUUGAUUAUUGUGUCAAUAGUUACAGUUUUCACAACAAUCAGCUGGACUACUAUUACUUUCUUUGGGGAAAGCGUAUGGAAGGUUCCUGAUCCUGAAACAUUUAAUCAAACAAUGUAUAUUCCAGUACCCCGUUUGAUGUUACAUUCUUGGUAUCCUUGGAAUUCGAGUCACGGAUUAGGUUAUAUUGUGGCUUUUGUAUUGCAGUUUUAUUGGAUAUUCAUAACGCUCAGUCACUCAAAUUUAUUGGAACUUUUAUUCUCAUCAUUUCUGGUGCAUGCAUGUGAACAACUUCAACAUUUAAAAGAGAUUUUAAAUCCAUUGAUUGAAAUAAGUGCUACUCUCGAUUCAGCAGUUACUAAUCCUGCUGAAAUAUUUCGUGCCAAUUCAGCUAAAAAUCAAUCAAUCAAUGGUGCCGAUUACAAUGGGUCCUACGCGAAUGAGAUUACCGAGUAUGGAACAAAAGGAGAAACUGAACCAAAUAGAAAAGGACCAAAUAACUUAACUAGUAAUCAAGAAGUACUUGUUCGAUCAGCAAUUAAAUACUGGGUAGAGCGACAUAAACAUAUUGUCAAAUACGUGAGUUUAAUUACUGAUUGCUAUGGUUCGGCUCUUCUGUUUCACAUGUUGGUGAGCACUGUCAUUCUCACUAUUCUCGCAUAUCAAGCAACCAAGAUUAACGGAGUUAAUGUGUUUGCGUUUUCUACCAUUGGAUACUUGAUGUAUUCUUUUGCUCAAAUAUUUAUGUUUUGUAUACAUGGAAAUGAACUCAUUGAAGAAAGUUCAUCAGUAAUGGAAGCGGCUUACGGUUGCCAGUGGUACGAUGGAUCUGAAGAAGCUAAAACAUUCGUACAAAUAGUGUGCCAACAGUGUCAAAAGCCUUUAAUUGUGUCCGGGGCAAAAUUUUUCAAUGUUUCAUUGGAUUUAUUUGCAUCAGUUCUAGGUGCUGUAGUAACAUACUUUAUGGUUUUGGUGCAGCUUAAAUAAAACUGUUCAAUAAAAAAAUACUGCUAUACAGGGAGAUUCAUCAAGCACGGUCAGUGGCAACGUUCAUCUACUAUUUAUCGUUUAUAAUAAUGAAUUGAUUCAAAUUAUGAUUUUUGGGAUUUUUAUUUUUUAAUAUGGAUAUAGGACUUAAUUUUUAAAUAUAUUGACGUUAAUACUAUUUAAAGAAUACCUAUUUUAUGGCAAUGCAUUUUUUCAGACAAGAACUACUUUUUAUAUUGUUAAUUUUUUUGAAAAUU